GCCGUCCGUCAGUGAAGCGGCUUCGAGCGGCGGAGUGACACCUGCGCUGAGGAGGAGGAGGAGGGGGAACGGCGAUAAACGGCGAUAACCGGCUGCACCGGGAGGCUGCAAACAAGGCAAAUUAACGGCAGUCAGCACAAGCCCUCUCUCCGCGAGAGGCAGCAGCUGCGGGGGAGGAGGGAUCCGUCCGUCCGUCCGUCCGUCCGUCCGUCCGUUAUCUCCGGGAUUAUCGUUACCGGCGGGAGAGGGAGAGAGGCGGUCAAUAAGGAUCUAUUAUCAUUGAUAAUGUCACAGGAGAAGGCAUACCUAGUCUCAGGAGAUCCACAACAGCCUCCUUAUCCACAUAACGAGAUGUCAUACGGAAAUGACCAUUAUCCGCAACAGCCUCCACCGUAUGGACAGCCUGUUUUCCCGCAAGCUGCGUUUGGGCAGCCCCCUUUUCAACAGGCUGGAUUUGGACAGCCAGCUUUUCCACCAGCUGGUUACGUGCAGCCUCCUUAUCCUCAGUCUGCCUAUGGACAGCCUGGCUUUCCACAAGGAUCAUAUGGAGAGCCACCACAGGCAUUUCCACAAGGAGCAUUCCAGCAGCCACCCAUGCCUCCACCUCCAAUGAUGCACUCAAACGCUGGCUUGGGCAGUCCUGGUUAUCACGAUGAUGUCCCACCCUCUUAUUAUGAUAACGAGGAAUUCACUGCAGCAAACUUUGAAGACAAGAAUAUCCGCAGAGCAUUUAUUAGAAAGGUCUACAUGGUUUUGACCGUUCAGCUACUGGUGACUUUUGUUUUUGUGUGCGUCUGUACCUUUGUUGCUGAUGCUAAGAGGUUUGUGAGACGCACUCCUUGGAUCUACUAUGCCUCCUAUGGUGUAUUCUUUGUUACACUUAUCGCUCUCAGCUGUUGUGGACAAAUCAGACGGAAGCACCCAUGGAAUCUCAUUGCUCUGUCUAUCCUGACUCUCAGCAUGUCGUACAUGGCCGGAAUGAUUGCCAGUUUCUACAGUACAGACUCUGUAGUGAUGGCUGUUGGGAUUACUGCAGCUGUUUGCUUUACUGUUGUAAUUUUCUCUAUGCAGACCAAGUACGACUUUACUUCUUGUAUGGGUGUGAUGUUGGUGUCUGUGGUUGUGCUGUUUUUCUUCGGAAUUCUGUGCAUUUUUAUCCAGAACAAGAUUCUCCAGAUUGUGUAUGCUUCUGUCGGUGCAUUGAUCUUCACGGUGUUUUUGGCCAUUGAUACACAGAUGAUCCUGGGGAACAAACAGCUGGUUAUCAGUCCAGAAGAAUAUGUUUUUGCAGCACUCAACCUUUAUACCGAUAUUAUCAAUAUCUUUAUGUUCCUCAUGACCAUCAUUGGGAGUACCAGAGAGUGAGGUGUCAGCAGACGAAGAGGAAAUUUGAUCCUAGUGCAGUGAAGAACUAACCUGAAGCCAUCUUUUCUUUUGUGUAGCCUAGGUUAAGGAAUAUUCCUUUUUGACUGGUAAUGCCACUCAUGUGAAUAAGCAUGUUUGCAUGGAUGGGCAAAUGUGAAUGUAACAGCUUCACUGUGCCAUCAGUGCAUUCAGUCUCAGCUGCUGCUUGCAGCAGGUUCAUGUAGAUAAUGGUAUUCCUUUUUGCUCCUAUUUUCCAGUGAGUUUAGGGUUCACCUUUCUUUAAAUAAAUGAUGUGAUUAAUCUUUAAAAAUAAUUGGAGCUUCUUUUGCAGAGGAGUGAGAUUGGCACUGUCCUGCAGAACGCCACUUGUACACUUUAAGAUAAUAAUGAACUGAAGUAUUUGGCUUUGGAAUUUAAACCAACCAAGUGUGUAAAAUAUUUAAUCUUAAGUUAAUUAGAACAAUAUAUGCACAGUUUGCAAAUCCAGUGGAAUUAACUUAACCUACUAAAUGUGAAACCUAUUACAUUGUGAAUUAUAGUGUAACUUGAUUUAAGUCAGAAAAGUAUAGCUUUUAAUGCACCAAUCUUGCUGACCUAUACAGUCCAUAUAUAUAUGUACAUAUAUCAAAUGAAUAGGUUGUAAUAUUGGAGGGUGUUGGAUUGAUGAGAAGGUGGUAUGGUUAAUUUGAAUUACUUAUCUAUAUUGCCCAAAUCCAGUAGUUAUUUUGGGUUCUUGAAGAACUAGCUUAAUAAAAAUGCUGGAAGUCAGGCUUUAUCCUUGAAUGAAGUCAAUAUUUAAAUUACUGAACAUUAGAGAAGUGGACUUUUCCAAACAGACUGGUUAUAUUUACUGUUGAGAGCUAGGAGUUUGUUUUUAAAACUGCAAACUAGAGUUUGACACAAAUGAAUUCUCUAGUUUAUUUUUGUUUUGAUUAGUAAUUGAAAUAGGCUGUUUGGCUAGCUGCCUUGAAUAUGCUCAGGAGAAUCAGUAUUGUUGAAAAAUACCUGGAGCUGCUUGAUGGCACUGUAACGGAGGGAUUGCAUUGCAUUUUUAACUGUGGAUUUAUGAUACCUGCAUGUAUGAAGAAAUUAGUAUGAAGCUUUUCCAUGGUUGUACUAUUUAUUAGUCGCAUCAGAUUAAAGAGCUAGCACUUCUGGAAAGCAUUUCACAAACACCUUUUUAAAUUUCUAAAUGUUUUUCAGUCUUUAGCUCAUCAGACAAUCUUUUAGAAACUGGCAUUUGUUAGAUUUAAAAUACUUUUGUUAGAUACCUGCCCUUUUUCUCACUUUAUAAACUAAUUUGACCAUCAGAAGCUACCAAAUAAGGGUUUGCUAAUUAUAGUUGGGGCUGAUAGAAUGAAAAGGGAACUCUUCAUUCAGAUUCAUUUAUUCAAUGUCUUGUGACAUAUCUAAUUCCUCCAGUGAAAUUAUCAUGUAGGGUUAACUGUAAUAUACAUUUCUGUAUUCACUAACAGCAUUGGUGUGAUCAAUCAUGGGACCAUGUAUUAGGAAUUAUUCUACUGAACCAGAUGAUUCAGAUUUGCAUGUACGUAGGUAGAAAAAUUCUGUAAAUGUGCAUGAGGUAAUCAAGGAUUUGAUUUGCUUAAGUGUUAAGGCAGCUGGUCUAAACAAUUCAUAUUUAGGGAAAUAGAUUAAUUUGUUAAAUGAGAGAAAACUAUUUAAAUAAUGAAGAUAUUUUUUGAUUGUGAACCCAAACUUGUAGAAAAAAAAUGCAUGAGUAAAACUAAUUUUUGCUGUAAUGAUUGGCAAAGUCUGCUGUAGUAUUUGAACAGGUUGAGUUUUGGAUAUUUCAUUCUGUGAACCGUUUACGUUUUUAAGAACAAGGCUACAUGACAUUUUUCAUUUUGAGAGCUGCGAGAAUAAUUCUCAUUCUGCUUUUGAGGUAUUUAAUCUUAAUACAACAAAAAAAUCCUUUUUUCAAGUAAACAUAUUUUUGAUUUAAAACGAUACUUGCUUUCAAAAAUGACAGCAAGCUAAGUUAAACUUCAUUGAAUGCCUCAUCCUUUUGAAGAUAAAUUUAAAACUUGCAUUGCCCACUCUGCUCCAUCAAUGUAUUUCCUGCUGACCUGAAGGCUUACUAAUAUUAUCAGACAACCAUUUUCGAAUUAGUUUUGCACUAUAAUCUUGGAUUUUUCUUGUUGCUAACAAACCCAGUGCCCUGAAGUCCUUUAUUGAAGCUGUUGGAAAAUAUUGUAAAUAAGCAUUAUAAUAUUUUGAAACUGAUUUCACUAUGGCAAAAGUUGUCCUUGCAAUGUUUGAGAAUCUGACGUCAUUAGGGAUCUCCUCUGUCAGUAACCUGUUUAAUUUUAUCUGACAGCAUAUGAUGCUGACAUUGGUUAUCCAAAUUUAUGGACAACUUGUACUUUGGUUAUGAAACAGGCAAUUUAGUUAACUAAUGCUUAAGCUCUACACAAACCGCUUCCUCUAUCUUCUAUAUCUCUCUUUAUCAACUUAGUUUUUCAUCUCAAACUUUGAAGAUUACAUGAACAGAUGAGAAAAAAAUUACUUUGUGUCAUGCCACAUGCUCCUUUAUCUAACUAGGGCAGGCUAAUGCCAAGAGAUUGACCAAAUACAGAUUAACAUUCUGAUUUUUCUGUUCAUUUUUCCCAUCUCUUGAAAUUUCAGUAUCAUAAUUUAAUCAAAUUUAUAAACUUCUAUGGAUAUACAGUCCUGCUCAAGUUGAUAUGAUUGUGAUGCUUGUCCUUAAUCCUUUCCUGUGGAAUUAGGCCUUUUGUCAUGUUAAACCGCCUGGUAGUCUGUGUAGUGAGGCCAAAUAAAACAAUGAAGAUUUGAACUGUUUAACAUCUGGAAAUCAAACAGUUCUCUCCUGUUUGUGAUAUUGUUGUUAAUAUCAUUUUGUAUCAAACUAUUUAUUGAGAAUUUUGAGAUGUAAUGAAUUAGCAUGUCACUCAAGUCCUCAUCUCCUCCUGUUUUUCUUGUGUCCCUCAUCUCUUCUGAUCUGAGUUUUUUGUGAAAUCUUAGCCAAGUACUUUGAGCUUGUGAUAAUAUCAAUUGUGGCACCAAGAAAGCCAUCUCAAUCCUUUUGCAUGGGUAAAAUGAAGGAAAAUAUGGCACAAUGGCAAAAAUUGUCCUUGCAAGAUUAGAAUAAGAAUCAUAUUAAAGUAGAUUGAGGAGCUGCUCUUGGCCAAUAUCUUUUUUCAUAUUUCCCGUGUGUGUGUACUCCUGAUUCUUAUCAAAAUCAGAGCAUGUUCUGUUUGUGCACAGAUGACCUUUUAAUGGUUAUCUUUAUUGUGAGCAUAAAACAUUGUUACUGAAAAACAUGGAAUUCAUAAAAUUAGGGAAUCUUAAAAUAUAAUUUGUACGUUCAUCUCCAUUCUGGGACCUAAUCAUUCUGGUGAUCUAAUUUCACAAAGUCUAUGCUAAACUACAGAAUACAUUUUAGAUGUAUAAAGCAAUUCUGGCAACAGAUGAAUUUUCUUUUGUCUCUGACUCAUUGUAUUUAAUGGUUGAUUUUAAUUCACAUUUGGCUACUAAUCAGAUUUUUCAGUAUUUUCAGUAAAUUGAGUGAAGCGAUUAUUUACACCAGAGCUAUUUUCUUUAUUUCACAAGUUGAAAAGAUUCUGUUAAAAACAAGACUAACUAUUGUACUAGUUUUAGCUGACUUUUAAUUUUCUGAAGUUUAAUUUUCAAAUAUGCUGUUUUGAACUAAACAGAUCCUAAAUGUAUGGUAUUUAUAAGAUUAUCAAUAUUUAAUACCACAAAUCUUUUUUGCACAACCUUUUUUAAACCUAUUCAAUGCAACCUGUCAUUGUUCUAAAAUAACACUUUUAAACAAGUUUAAGAUUUAGUAUUUUUUUUGAAGUAAAAUUGACACUCCUGAAUUUUGUUUUUGUACUCCAUGAACUAUGGAACUCCUGUGUUUUCUGAGAUUUUCAUGUUUAGAUUCUUGGGUUCAAUAAUGAGCUUUUUGUGUCAAAAUGAAAAUACAAGGUUUACUCCUCGGAAGUUGUGAUCUAUCCCCUUACAUUAAAUUGGCUAUAAUAUCAAAUCUCCUCUGUUCAGUCUUAUAAACUCAGUAUUUGCCAUUGAAUUUAAUUAAUGCUGAUCUGAUGAAACAAUGUGAUUGCUAGAGGUCUGCAGGUAAAUGCAUUUUUGACUUCAGAUAUGUUCUGUAUUGCUAUAUUAACGUUGCAGUAAUUUAAAUUUGAAUAAAGUUUUAAUGCACUGUAGUCGUUUCAUCUUUUUGGAAACUAGCUGAACCAAUUGUUGAAAGUUCCAUUUUACGUCUUAGGUUUGUUUUGACAUUUGCAACCGAGAAACAGUCCUGUGUACUUCCUUUUAAAUGCAUAAGUUU